UUUCUUCCCCAGCGAAGAACAUUAUCUCUUUUCUCUCUCUCUGUUUUUUUUUUCAUUGUGUGUUUCUCUCUCUGCAGUUCUUAUUUAUAUAUAUAACCCCCCUCUGUCUUCCUUCAACUCUCUUCUGCCACUCCUUCGUAAAUUUAAUUCCCAUUCAUAUCCCAAACCCUCGCGUGAACGAGUUUCCGCGUCUCCAAAUGGAUGCCCUCGUGGGCCCCACCUUCACCCUCCACGCGCCACCCUACCACGCCGCCCUCUCCUCCUCCUCCUCCGACGCCUCCUCCUCCAUCGGAACCCCCGACGACACCGACGACGAAAACGACGCCGUUUCCUUCAAAAACCAACAACAACAACAACAAGAACAGGUUCACCACAACUUGCAGGGUUUGGCCUCUCUCGAUUCGCUAGAAGACUCUCUCCCCAUCAAGAGAGGGUUGUCGAACCAUUUCAUGGGAAAAUCGAAGUCAUUCACGGAUCUGUCUCAAGUGAACACAGUUAAGGAACUUCAAAAGCAAGAGAACCCUUUCAACAAACGAAGAAGGGUUCAAAUAGCGUCAAAGUGGUCACGAAAAUCCUCCUUUUACGCCUCCUCCAACCCAAAAUCCAUGCCCCUUUUACCCCUUCAUGAAGAUGAAGACUACUACCAAGAAGAAGAGAAUCGCAAAAAAGUUUCACCCUCUUCUUCUUCUUCAUCUUCAUCGGAGGACAAUAAACAAGAAAAAAACCAAACUUUAACUCUGCCUCACUCCUGUGUUUCUCACAUGAGACACAGAUUGUUGGGAAGUUUCAAGUGUAGGAGCCUCUCCGAUCUGAAAGAACAUGAUGAGGAAGAGGAUGAUGAAGAUGAAGAUGAAGAUGAUGAUGAUUAGUGUUUUGUGUAUUUUUGGAUGAAACUAUGUUUUUUUUUCGGUGUAAAUAUUUUAUUUUUUUAUGAUUUAGAUGAAUGGUUUUUGUAUGAAGGGAGAAAAACCAUUUUGGUUUGAACAGAGAUAAACGGUUACGACUUGGGUUAUUGGUGGUGUUCUUACGUUUGGGGUGAUUAAAUUAUUAGAGAUAACUACGUAUAAAGAUUAAAAUAUAAUACUUGUAUAUCA